AUGUGCGAACAGCGCCAUCUUUAGAAGCACAUUUGCUGUUGGCGAGACCUGCUUCUUCAGAAUAAAACAUCCUGAGACCUGCUCCACCCGUAUUGUCUUCAUUGAAUACAACAAAACACAACCAGAGUAAAACUGCUACAAUUGCACUGCAUAAGACAUAACUUGUUCAGUUGUGCAUGGAAAAGAAAUAACAUUGCAUAUGUAUUGUUGCUUUGCAUUGCAUGAAAGAUCUAACCUGUUCCGUUGUGCAUUGAAGAGAUACCAUUUGACAUGUGUUGUUGCAUUGCAUUCUUAACUUAUUCCGUUAUGCAUUAAAGAGAUAUCACAUGACAUGUGUUAUUCCGUUAACUUAACUUAUUCAUGCAUUAAAGCGAUAAUGCGUAUAAUGCAUGAAAGAGCUAAUCUAAGCAAUCAAAACGUACAUAUUUAGACGUAAAUUAAAACUGUCCAAUACGUAUGUGCCUUUACGUAUUUACAGUGCCUUUUACGUAUUAUCUGGACGUAAUUACAGGUUCGAUACGUAUCUAAAUUUACGUAAAAACAACCUCAAAUACGUACAUAUAGAACGUGUUCUCUGACCAGUCAGUUAUCCAUAGAAAUUUGCUCAUGAAGCUGCUUUUCAAUGCGUAUCUGCUUAAUUUGUGUUUAAUACUUAUUUUGUUAUGAAUCCUUAUGAAAUAUUAACUAUAAACGUUGUGAUUCCGUUACUAUGAUUUAAAAUAAACAAUAAUCUGACGAAACCAGAAAAGACCGCGUUCCCGACCGGAUUAAUUUCAGAGCUGCAACAGAAUCAGAAUCGCUGCGUGGUUGACGACUUGUUCUUCCUGGUGAGUUUUUAAUUUUAAUUUAAUUUGUUAAUGUAUAUUUGUGAUCUGUUUUAUGAAAUAUAUUCUUAAGUAUUCCGUUGUUGUUUUUUAUCUGAUAAGUGUUUUUUAGCUGGUAAUCGAAAAAGUGCAUCGACUCUGAAGCGAUGCUAGGUUUUAGCAUUGGAUUAGGUUAGUCAUUACUCAUUAAUGGGUAUUAUUAUCACUCUAAUUUAAAUGAAUGUUUUUUAUUUUUUUUAUUUUCUCAGAUCACACUUUUUAUGACACUAUGGCGCAUAACGAUAAAGAAUUAAACGAACUUCUCAGAAAAGGACGCGCUGUUGCUGUAUCCCUCGGAAACGUUUAUGAUCGCACCCAAAUGGAUGCCGUCGUUAAAGAAGGCCACACUGACCCUGCCAAAAUGGACCUGGAUCAAUGCAUCAAACAAGGGCAAACAGUUAUUAAAAAUUUUGACAAUGCGAGUUCAAGAAAUAAUCUGGAUCAUCUUUUACAAGAGUCCAUCGAGCUGUUUGGACAACCAAACCAAAAUGGCCCAAAGGCAAAGAAGAAAAAAAGGACCCAGUCCAGUGGUAAAAUCAGAUAUAAAAUCAGAGAGAAGUCACGUCCAAAACAAACAAGGCCUUCUACUUCACAUGAUUCAAGAGCUAAAUCAAGGCCAUGUCUAAAGCCAACAGAAUUUCAUCAUGACCAGGGUCCAGAUCAUGAUUCUCUUCUAAAUGAGCUGCAAGACCUUCUGUCAGCUGCUAGCUCUAACAUUCAUUCUGAGAGUACUCCACACUCGGCAUCACUGCACUGGGGCACAAGGACAGCAGCUUCAUCAGAGAGAUGGAGGGAGGCAAGACCCUCCUUAAUCAUCAAUAGGUUUAUAACAGAGCAUAGCAAGGUACAGCAGUGUUCGGAGUGCAAGGCAAAGGUGGCGGUGGUCAAAUGCAAAGACUGUUUGCCUCAUCAGUAUAUGUGCAUCGACUGUGACCUUGCUAUACACAGUAAACAAGUAUUCCACAAUAGAAGCACCAUGAUUUCAGGGUUCUACAAGGCUGUACCUCCCACCACAGUGGUGAAGCAGGACUCUGAUGGGCAAUACUUUCACCAUCAUGAAGAUCGACUCUUACCAGUGGCACUUCCUAAUUCCAUAUGUAGAUGUGGAGAAGAAAAGUACACUGUUGGAAUUGGGAAGUCUGUUACUGUAAUCAACAUGAAGGUCUGGUACUUUAUGUGGCGAUACAUUUUUGAAGAGCUUUUUCGAGUGGUCCAUCUGCUGUUAUGAGGUUGACAAGAUCUGCGGCGAACAACAUUUCAUGUGCCCAGCAUGUACCCCUCUAAUGCUGGCAAUUGCUGUGGACGGCAACAGAAAACUUCACCGUUUCAAAAAGGCUGGGAAUUCAGAGGACUCUGGCUACUUUGAGGGGUUGUUUCUUUGCAAAGAUGAUGAUGUUUCCUCUUUUGUUCAGUAUAUCCGCAAAAAAGUGCAACAUGUGGGAGGCAAAGGUGUUUGUGGAUCUGCAGAGUUUGCCGCUGCGAAAGAGUUUUCCUGCAAGACCAGCAGUAAGCUGGAUGAGGAGGGAAUUGAAGUCGCUGUCUGUAGGCAUGGCAUUCUUUUGAGGGCACUCAAUAUGUUCAGAGGAGAGAUCUAUGCUUACCCUUUGUAUUUGCAGAAAGAGCUCUGCACAGAAAAUGCAACUUUCUUUUGUGCCGACAUCAUGUGCAAAUACUGGCCAUACUUGAUCAAAGUUUGCCAGGCCUGCCCAGAACUGAGACAUCUUCUGAACAUGAAGCCAUUCCUCUCAGUUAUGCAUGCGAAAGUACAUGGUGUGAAAUGUGAGAUCAAAUGGAGUGGAAGCUUUCAAACGGGCGCUGCAUAUACCAUGGGAGAAGAAGUGGAACAAGCGAAUAGCUUUUUAUCAAGGAUUGGUAUAAGCACUAAGUUCAUGUCCAAAGCAGGGCGCACAGAUUUGCUCACAUUGCAGUGUAUGGGGUGGAACAAAAUGAAGUUUCAGAAUAUGUGCCAAACUCUUUGCACAAGAUACCAAAAGACUCAGCAGAAUCUACAAAAAGAGACAGAAAACCUACAAGACAUGAAAACAGAACUGGCUGUGGAUGAUGGUGUACUCCAUCAGUGGGUCACAGAUGUGCAGGAGUGGGCCCACAGUACAACUGUAGGAGACCAUGAUGCUGCAGUUCAGCCAAUAAGGAACACAAUGGAAGAAUUAUCUCUGUGCAUUAAACAACGGCAACAUCGUCUUUACAGACACACUGCCACAAACAAAGGACGAAAUAAAAUUAGAAGAAAAAUAAAUGAGGAGAGAAAGAAGCUGGCUUCUGCAAUUGAGCAGUACAAUGCCCUUGUUGACCCUUCCCUCAAGAUACUGUCCAUUGAAGAGGUCCUACAGAAUGACUACGUUUUCCCCUGGCAGCUAACAGAGCAAGAUGAUGUCAACCUCUUGACAAAGAAAAAGGUCUUUGACAAGGUGAUGUUAAUUCAACGACUAGAGGAAGAACAGACUAUCGUUGUUCAAGAGGCAAAGCAGCACUGGCUUUAUCUAAGAAGUCAGGAACACAAACUGAAUAGUUUGCUUGAUACCAUCACUUCCGGUGUUAACCCCUGGAAUCUUCCAGAUGAUGGGAUUCAAGGACUUAAGAGUGUGUUAAAGAGAAAAUUACAUCAGCUGAGAGCUCACCAGGAGACUGUAAAAACAAGUUAUCAGGCAAUUGACACCAUAACCGAACAUAUUACUGUUGAAGAAUAUGAAUAUUCCAGCUGGCCAGAACACUUGGAAGCCCUUUACUCAAGCAGUACUGAUUUGAGCUCUGAUGAAGAUGAUCUGCUUCUGCUGUAGAUAUUAAAUACCCUGCAUGUUGUUUUUUUCUCUCACUCUAUUACUCCCUUUCUCUUUCUCCAUUUGUCUCCUCACUCUUUUUUUUUUUUUAAUUUUAUUUUUUCUUUAUUGUUGUGAAUAUCUAAAAAAAAUAAAAAAUAAAAAAAUCAUGUUAAUCAAUGUAAAAUAAUAAAAAAGUAAUUGUA